AUGGCAACGACGGCCGAUUCGUCGACGGUCUGGCAGACUGUGCAACCGUCGGAUGCAACGAAGGAUACUUCGUCGACAGGCCUCAUCGCAGCAGAGAGCUCGACGGUGUAUGGUCAGAGCAGCUCGGCAACGACCGCCGCAGCUUCAUCGUCAUCGUCGUCAGCCGCAUCGUACUACGGUUCCUACCCGUCGGGAUAUACAAUGUACGCCAGCGCCGCGAAUCCAGCCGCUUACUAUCAGGUGGCGUCGAACCUUCGCGCGCAGAACGCCGCCGCCGCCACCGCCGCAGCGUUUCCCUACGGUCUCGCCGCGAAUUCAUCGUAUUACUCAGCUUCCUAUCCUGUCGAUUAUUCUGCCUAUAAUAACCCGUAUUACUCAAACUUGCGGGGUCCAUACUAUAAUCCUCUGAAUCCGGCAGCAGCUUAUGCAUCUGUUGCGAAUUCGUUGAAUUCUGAAAGUUCAUUCUCAAACGAUUCGAAUGCAUUCGCCUUGAAAGAACCCACGAAGAAGCCGAAAUCGAAAAAGAAGAAGACCGGAUCGUGUUCGCCUGGAGAUGAAACGUAUGCAAGGGUUUUCAUUUGGGAUAUUGAUGAUAUCACAAUGCUAUCGAGGAAUAUUAUAGCGCAUGUAACUCAGCAUGUUCCACCAUUCGCUCCUGCCGGUAUCUACUUACAUCAGUUGAUUGAGCGACUGGUCGGACUUCAUUUUACCGAUAUGAAUGAGCUGCAGGAAGGAGACGUUGUGAAUAUCGAAGACGCCGUUGUCGACGAAUCUAUAAUUGAAGGACCAAUUGAUAAUUUGAGGGGAUUGGACAUAAUGCGAAGAGUUGCUCCCAAAUACGCGUCUCUUCGUCAAUUCUACCAAGAAAUGUCAAUUUUAAAUCAAGAAGUUCCCAAAAAAGAUGAUAACACUUUAAUUAAUUAUAAAUUAAUCGAGCGUUGCGGAAUGACGUCACAGGAAGAGCACAUUUACCAAGCCGCCGUUCAUCUUCAGUCGUUGUUCAAUCAACGUUGGCAGACAGCCAAUCGGUGUUUGGAGUUAGUUACUAAACGAUCUGCGGAAUCUAUAGAGAAAUACGCGAACGUUGUGAUUUGCAAUGAAGGAAUUGCAUAUGCUGCUGCGCAAUUGUUGGUUGCUGGACAAUCCUCGUCGGUUCCGAUUGACAACAUUUAUUCAACGACGAAAGCUGGAAAGGAAGCAAUAUUCGAGAAAAUUCAAAGUAGAUAUGGAAAGAAGUGUAGUUUUGUUUCGGUUACUUCGUCGCCGGAAACCACGACUGUUGCAAAAAAGCUUUCAAUUCCUGUUUGGCCCGUCUCAGCAAGUGAAGACCUUGAGAAACUGUUUACUGCAACAAGAAAUUAUUUGCUCGGAUGA